AUGGGAUCACCUGCUACUUUGCCUAAGGUUGUAAACAGCAAAACAAAGUCACUGGGAACCCUAGAAACACCAUGGAUGCACCAGCAUGCUGUUCAGCAUGAUGCUGGCUGUAAGAGUAUAGAAGCACCAUGCUGUUUGCUUACUGUAAGAAUCAUAUGUAUGCACAACCUCCACCAAGAAGAUGUUUUAAGUGAAACAGAUUGCUAUGUGAGCUUGUGGCUACCUACUGCCUCUUUUGAAAAGUUUCAGACAAAAACAGUUUCAAACUGCAAGGAUCCAGUGUGGAAUGAAAUAUUUUACUUCAGAAUCCAGAGUCAGGUUAAGAAUGUCUUGGAAUUGACUAUAUAUGAUGAAGAUGUCUUGAUAGAUGACAAAAAGCGUGUAAUUUUAUUUGACAUAGCUAAAUUGCCUCUUGGAGAACCAGUGCUUAUGAAAUUUGAAUUGAAUUCCCAGAAACAUGAAGAAUUGGAAGUUGAAUUCACACUGGAGAAUAUAGGAGGUCCUCCUGAAACAAUAAUUACUAAUGGAGCAAUUAUGUUUCGUGAAUUAUGCUGCUUUGAAUUUUGGAGCACUCAGAAGAAAAGGAAGAAGAAAAAGAAAAUACAUUCUAAACAACAAGAUAUUACAUGUACAUUGAAAGGAUCCUUUGAAGAAACUCAAAGCAUUUCAUUAGGCUGUGCCUCCAGCUUGCAUUUCACUGAGCCUUCCCUCUUCCACUAUGCCAAGUACAAGCAAGCAGAACUGGAUGUUCUACUUCCAAGGAAGAAAUCAUUUCCCUCCUUUUGCUCCUGUGUGUCAUGUGGAUCAGGUUUAAACAGGAAAAGGCACUGGACCUUGCCUGUAAAUUCACUUCCCAUUGAUCAAGAAGUAAUUAAAGAGGAGAAAGAAUUUAAUUUACAUUUCAAAGUAAAGGAUUGUCCAUCAUACCCUGACGUACGCUUAGGAUUUGAUCUCUGUGCAGAAGAACAGGAAUUUAUGAAGAAACGGAAGAGGGUCGCAGCUGCUGCUUUUAAGCGGCUUCUUCAGCUUGAGGAAGAUCUACAGGAUGAUGAGGUACCAGUGGUGGCAAUCAUGACAACGGGUGGUGGAUUCAGAGCUCUUACAGCAUUGUAUGUCCAUCUUUUGAUGAUCCAGAGACUGGGUGUUUUGGACUGUGUUUCCUAUCUCACUGGAUUAUCUGGAACAACAUGGACAAUGUCACAUUUGUAUGAGGAUCCUAACUGGUCAUGUAGAAAUUUAGAAGGGGCUCUCAGUGAUAUCCAUAAACAAGUGAGAAAAAACAAGUUCUUAGCCAGUUUUGCACCAGAGCGCCUGAAAUACUAUGCAAAGGAGCUGUGGCAGCGACACCAAGAAGGGCAUAGCAUCUCUUUUACAGACCUCUGGGGACUCCUCAUUGAAUCUAUGCUACGUGAUGGGGAAAAUCAUCAUAAACUCACAGAUCAGCAGCAAGCACUGGCACAUGGCCAGAACCCUCUGCCAAUAUACCUCUGUCUAAAUGUGAAAGAGAAACAAAGUAAUCAUGGAUUUAGAGAAUGGAUGGAGUUUACUCCAUAUGAAAUAGGAUUCCAAAAAUAUGGAGCCUACAUUCGUACUGAAUAUUUUGGCAGUAAAUUCUUCAUGGGUCAUUUGAUGGAGAAAAUUCCUGAAUCAAGGAUCUGCUACUUGGAAGGAAUCUGGAGUAGUGUAUUUUCAUUGAAUCUUAUGGAUGUCUGGUUUAUGACAGUUAGUUCAGAGGAUUUUUGGGAGAUGUGGACACGAGACAGAGUAACUGACCUUGAUGUACCCACCGAAGCAUAUAUUCUACCUACUCGUACAGAGUGUCCUCCAGAAAGCCUUGCCAGUAUUUUUCAAGAUAUUAUAAUGUGGCGACCUGCCAUUUCGGUUGUCCCUAAUUUUUUAAGAGGCUGCUCAAUGAAUGACAAAUACCUAGAGAGCAAAUUUUCUAAGUGGAAAGACUGUGAUCUUGACAAUUUUCCAAAUCAGUUGACGGGAUCUGAAGACUACCUAUAUCUGGUAGAUACUGCAUUUUCCCUCGAUACCAGCUAUCCACCACUCAUGAGGCCUGAGAGAAAAGUGGACUUAAUGAUACAUUUAAAUUACAGCUCAGGAUCACAGUUAUUGCCUCUGUUAAAAGCCUCAGAUUAUUUCUCAAAACAAGGAAUUCCAUUUCCCAAAAAUGUUCCAAGAGAUGAAACAGAAAAACAUGUGAAGGAGUGCUACCUGUUGGGAGAACAAGAAGACCCUGAGACUCCUUUAGUGCUGCUUUUUCCAUUGGUUUGUAACACCUUCAGAGAGUACAAAGCACCUGGGAUAAAACGUAGUCCUGAGGAGAUGAAAGAAGGUGACAUUGAUCUCACCAGUACACUUGGUCCUUAUAAUGUAUAUAAUUUGCGAUAUCCUGAAGAAGACUUUGAAAAGUUAGUUAAACUAACUGAAUACAACAUCCUAAACAACACAGAUAUGUUAAUUAAGGCUUUGCGUGUUGCUGUGGAACGGAAAAGGCAGCAUAAGAAGAGAUAGUUGUUAAUCUACAGUGAUAAUCUACAACGAUAAUGUUUUGCACGUUAUUCAGAAAUACUACAGGAUAAUAGAAGUAUCCAAUUCCAAAAAGAAAGACUAUAAAAGACACUGUGCAAUCUUUAAUCAAGGAAAAUACUGGCUUCUAGAAAACAAACAAAAAUAAAGGCUAUUUCAAAGAAUAUAUUUUAUAUAUCGGCAACAGCCAAAGUGAUAAAAAAAUGGACACAAAAUGCCCUACUCUGAAAUUACU